AUGAAAAGGUCAAAGAAAGCUAAACCUCACGUUCCUCGGAGGGGAACUUCGCAACCCGAAGGCGUCGGCAGCUCCUCUGUUGCAGAGUACACCGGCGACCCAACCACCAUCAUCAUGAACCCAGUAUAUGUGUCACAGGUGCCGUUCCAAGAGAUUCAAGACAACAGAGCAUCACUCGCCUCAAAUCUUGCAUCUCCAGGUAAUCCGAUCUCACCCUCUGUCGAAAAUGAAGAAGUAGCUAACCCUAUGCCAAUGGCGGCUAAUCUGGGGGAGAAUGUGAUUGCAAAUCCGGAUGAUAAACUCUAUCAAUCCCCGUUGGCCCUCAAUCGGGCGUGUCAACUGUUAGAUGAAGAAUCGAAAGAAGAACGAGUGAAUAUCCAAAAGGGGAUUUUUACACCCAAACCUAGGGUUCCAAAUUCGUCCCCCUCGGACACUCUUGAGAAGGAUCUAUAUGUUUUUCUGGAAGAAGAAAGAGAAACAGAGCCUCAAAAUGAGGACACUGAGAUUAAUUUCCAUCCUAGUAUGUUAAAUACAGAACACCUCACAACUCAAAGUGUUGAAACCCCUGUCCCAACACGUACAAAACACCUCCCGACUCAAAAUGUUGAAACCCCUGUUCCAACACCAUCAACAGACAAAAUAGAGAGAAAAAGGAAGAGAGUAGAUCCAUUUGAAGGGGCAGAUCCGCGGGCUAAAAGACCUGAAGAUUUCCCAAUUUCAGCCAGACCCCCUAGAGGAAGACCUAACAUACCACCUCCAAGAAAACCAAAGACAAACAAGAAAAAGCAAAAGGAAACAGAAGAGGAGACCAGCUGGAACAGUGAGAAAGAAGCAAGUGAAACUGAAGAGAUAUCAGAAAAUGUGGGGACAAGAACACGUGCAAGAAAGUCACUAAGGAAACACACUGCCAAAGAAAAAAGAAAACAGUGGCUGAAGAGGAAAGUGAUCUCAGAAAUUCUCACUCACAGUCAAUUGCUUGGAACAGUAACAAACAUUGAACUAUAUGAAGAAAGUGUCAUUCAUGAAUUUUACAACAAUCUGGGAGCAGGAACAUCAACCCCAAGUGAUCCAAUGUACGGGAAGAUCUACCUAAGAGGUAAAUUCUAUGACUUUACACCCUCCUUGAUUAAUGACUACAUGGGCACCUCAACCAUAGAAAACUCUACAAGCAUCAAUAGUGAACAAGUUGCCCAAGAACUGACAGCUGGUAAUGUAAGCUUUGAGAAGAACAAAAUCAAAGCAGCCUCUCUAACAAGCAAGUAUGCCAUACUCCAAAAGAUUGCUCUGGUUAACUGGAUGCCCUCACUCCAUGAAAACACUGUUAAGUGGAGUCUAGCAGAACUACUAUACAAGAUUGGUAAAAGAAUCAAGAUCAACUUUGGAGAAAUUGUGCACAGCCAGAUCAUGAAUUUAGUAGGAAAUGGAACUCCCAAAGCUUCUCUAAUAUUUCCCAACCUGAUUUACACACUGCUGGUCCAACAAGCACUCAAGCAACAGAAACCCACAAUUCCAGUCAAAACACUCUCAAUAACCAUCAAACUAAGGAAGGGAACACACCAAAAUGACUUGACAACUACCACUCCAAAGGAAGAUCCAACAGAUAAAACCAUCCUCAUGAAAUACUUCUAG